CUCCAUAGAUGCAUAUGUCCCUCCCAACUUUAAGUAUUUAUGCAUAUGGCGUGAUUUUGUAGUGUUUUCCACCCCCCGUUUGUCUUUGGUAAUUUAAUUGUAUAUUAUUGUAUAAAAUUAUUCCUUUUGGUUUUAUAUAAUAAAAUUCAAUUUAAAUUUGCUUAAUUUGCAUAUUUCUUACACAUUCAUCAGUGUAUUCAUUUGCCCGUCAAACCCCCUACUGUAUAUCGAUAUUUUAAUUGUGUUUGAAGAAUAUGGCUGAGAAGGUUUCAGAAAGAGUUGGGAAUUUAAAUACUACUGAUUACGACGAGAAGCCCGAAGGACCAGGCAGCGCCCUCUCAGUGCUGCUUGGGCUCUUUUUGGGCCUGGCCAACAACUUCGCAGAACACUUUGUGUUUCUUCUUUGCUACAUGUCAUUCAAACUCUUAAAAGGGGAUAACAAUGUUCCGCUCAACGUUUUCUUGUUCUUCUUCUUCUUCGCCCUCGGCUCAGUCGUCUUCCUGUUCCUGAGCCCGCUGCUCUCCUUUUUCACACUGGUGUCAUACUUGUUCGAGGCAUUCUUCUUCUUGCUCAUGCUACUCUCAGUUAAGACUUUCGAAGCUGACGCAGGUAGGAACGUAUUCACAGCCUCAGUCGCUCUUCUCGGUCUCACACAUGGAGUCAACAAGGCUUCCACAAUGGGUCUGGUGGAAUGCACACCGUUCUCGAACCCGCGCGUCGUGGACCUAGCCAAGUUCCUCUCAGGCCUGUUGCCACUCUUUUUGUAUGUGGUCUUCAAGUUCGGAGUGGCAGAGGAAGACACAUUCGCAAAGGACGAAUUGGAGCUCUUCUUCGUUACCGUGACCUCAUUGGCCUUGGUCCUCACACUCCUUGGCGGGCUGCUAUCUGUGUGGUACAGCUCAACUGGCUCAGUUAAGAGAUAUGUUGAAAGGAAGAAGGUUGAAAACGAUUCGAAGCCGAAGUUCGUUGCGAGACACGCCGGAGCACUCUUCAACAACUUGCUGGUUCCAGGCCUGGUGUUCCUCGCCCUCUUCUUCAUGAAGUACACCGUCUUCCCCAUGUUCUUCCCACUCGAUGCCUCAAAGAAGGUCGACGUAGGGUACAAAUACCUCUUCCUGUGCCUUCCAGGACUCAUGGACGGCCUCUCGAGGCUCAGCUUCCUGUACCUCUUCGGAAGGCUCAACGUUGACUGGGGAAGCCUCACGCCUUGGAAGACCCUUUACAUGCUCGUGUUCGACGUCCUGCUCGUCGUCUACUUCGCAGUUCUGCACAACAUGCAGGAAGAAGACUUCGUGCUCUUCGAGGAGACCUUCUCACUACUUUUCUUCAUGGUAUUCACGCUACUACACUCCGCGACCGCCGACCUCGUCACACUUGAGUUCCUCGCCUUCAGGGAAGAUCGCGAGCACGACAAGAGGGACCUCGAAACGCCCUCUGCUUCAACCGAGUCUGGACUCUCCAGGGCCUCAAAGAGGGUCACCACCUUCGUGUUCCUCAACGUCCUUGAAUCCGUCGGUUCCACUCUUGGUUCACUUUUGACUCUGCUAUUGUUCAAUUUACAACCAGACAAAUAAGUUAUACUAUUUCAUUUAAUUUAAUACACGACCUUAACCAUCUUUCGAACAAGUUUGUGGAACCUUUUAAUUU